AUGUCUAAACAGCCAUUUUUUUUCGGCUUGGUCAAAAAACCAAUUGACACUAAAACAGUAGAGUUUUCAAAGACGAAUUACACUUUGAAACUGAAAAAUGUGCAAGAGACAGACAGUGGAGAUUAUACUGCAGUAGUUUUAGAGACUGAAAAGAAAAAAGUGGCUGAAUACAAAGUCAUAGUUCAAGCUCCAGUGUCUCCAGUUAAUCUGACUGUGGGCUUAUUGUCUAACAGCUCAGACUCCUGUAACCUCACUGUGACCUGCAGGACACAGGACUCUCACAUCAGCACCACUUUUACAUGUCUCGAUCAAACCUGCAGUGAAGAUGGAGACAGAUCAAAAGCUACAACCUCUGGUGCUGUUCUUCAUGUCUACCUUGAGAAUGACUCCAUUAAGUGUAACCAUAGCAACCAGGUCAGCCGGACCACAAGCCAAGAAGCAAGGAUACAGGACUUUUGUCACCAACAACCUUCUCUUAACAGUGCAGCUGGGAUUGUGUUUGGCUCAGUAGCUGGUGUCGUUGUUGCCACCGCCGCUGUUGUGGGUUUCAUACUAUGUAAAAAGAACAAAGACAAAAAAAAGAGCAACGGUAAUACAGUAUAUGACAAUCCUCAGGACAUUAACUCAGCCCAAACUCAGACCCAGGACCCUGUAACUUCUACUUACGCCUUGGUGCAGUUUCCCCAAAGAUCUGAACAUCCUACAGACACAGUGAACACUUCUUCCCCAGAGACUAUUUAUGCUCAAGUUAUGAAACGUGAAAAGCCCAACUCUCCAUCCCUGGAAAGUCCAACUCCAGAUCUAUACAGCACCUGAAGAGCCCCAAUAGGAUGUUUAGAAGACCAAACAACAUCACGCACCCAGUGGAUGCAGGCAGUAAACAGUAGUGAGGCUCAAAUGCUGCUCAGAGGCUACAGAACACUGCUGUGCUGUUUAAAGCUGCAAGAGAUUUUCCUGGAUUGUUUUGCCAAGACUGCCAUUCACCAGUCAUAGGAUUGUGGUUCAAUAUGCUGAAGUGUUUGUGUGCAAGACUCUAAAGCUCACAUUGCCCUUUGUCACCAAUGUAUGUGAAUGUGUGUCUGUGUGUGGGUUUAGGUAAAUAAGAUACAGUUUAAAAGCAUGCCUAUAGAUGAACCUGCACAUCUAAAUGAGAACGGAGGUAGAACAGCAGUUCAGUGUGAUGAGGACUGUGAAAAAGAGGUAAAGAGGUGAGUGAAGGAGGGUCAGAGCUGGUGUCAGAAGUGUUGAGUGACUGAAGAGUGUCAGCAAAACUCAAAGGAAAUGUAGACAAGACGGUGGUGAGAGCAGCUCUGCUCUAUGGGUGUGGUGAUUGCAGAAAACUCACACUAAAGGGUGAGGGAGGACCCACAGAGAAGGGAUAAAUGGAACUGAAAUGGAGAGAAAGGCAGGUUUAUUGAUAAUAAGAUGAGGUGAGCAAAAACCUGGAGGAUCGAUCUGUCCCCACCACAGCAGAGGACACGCAAACGCAGGGUGAAUAUAAAAUGUUAGGAUCAGAUACCAGAUUAAACAGCGAGUGGGACAAUACGCUACGCUAACGAAAGGAAUACAAAAAAAAUCAGGUAGAGGACGAGGACAAUGAGUGGCUUUAAAAAACAAGACAUGAAACAGUGGCAGAACCAGUGUGAAAACUAGAGCAAACAAGAAAAAAAGCUGUGAGUCAGAGUUAAAUGAAACGUUUCAAACACAACCUGGUCUGUGGUCCAAACAGGAAGUAACCUUGCCGAUCCUGACAAUGGGUAAAAGACAGUAGCAGUGAGGAAGAGAAGAGGCAGAGACAGAGGCAGCAGAGAUGAAGAUGCUGAGGUUCUUAGUAGUGACGAGGUUGGACACAAUCAGGAACAUCAAAAUUCUCUUGCUUCCUCCCACGGUCCAAAGACAUGCGAUUAGUUGAUUGGAUUUCCAUUGCCGUAGGUGUGAGUGUGUGUGUGUGCAUGGUUGGUUGUCUCUGUGUGACCCUGCAAUAGGCUGGUGACCUGGUCAGAGUGUCCUCAGCCUGCUGGAAAAGCCUAGGGAUUGAGUGGUAGAAGAUGGAUGAAUGGAUGGAUUCGCUGUGAUGAUCCCUGAUGAGAAAGGCUGAAAGGAAAAGAAGAAGAAGAUGGAUGAACCUGCACAACUCUCACGGUCAUCUCUCUCUAGUCUUGUUCAAUUCUUUGUUCUGUGCAUUUCUGUGUUUACAUGCAUGUAAAAAUACAAUAAAAUAACUUUUCCUCUGA